GGACAUGAAAAUUCUUUUGUGCAUGCAGUUGCCUAGGGUCUGAGAGAGAGGCAAUAUGAAACACCUUAUUGCAUCUUCCUUCUUUGUGAUCUUCUCCCUAACUCCAUCUCUGGCCCUGAUGAACAUCAGUGACAGCCAUCCUCUGGAUGGAUCUGUUGGGACCCAGAGCAUCCAUGUUAAUGCCUUUCGAGGUAUGGUCAGCAUCCGAGACAACAAUGUUUUGAGUGAAUGGGAUGGAGUCUUGGACUACGAGAAUGCCAUCUUGGUGGCUAAGCUGUUUAGCAAGAUGGCCUGUGUCCUGACCAAGAUGGAUGAAGCUGUCUUCCCAACUUUGGAUGACAUUAGUAAGGCCCUGGACCACCAGGCUUUAAAACAUUAUCCAUCCACUCGAGGUCUCACCUACAUUGUGUUGCCCAACCGGGUCAAGAACUUAGCCCAGUAUGGAGCGCCCAUCAAGGACAUGUGCCGACAAGUCCCCACCUACUUCGCCCAACAGCAAAAAGAAGGUAGUGCACUGGCUAUUGACCCCGAUUCCUGUUUUGAAGUCCAAAUUCUGUCCUUCCUGGGACUCACCAUCUGUGGGGAGAUCCCUGGGCUCUGAACCUCCUGGUAGGCCACAUGGAGAGCAGACCUGCCUGGAUGGGGCCGCUGACCUGAACCCAGAGCUCGGGGACCCAGCCCACCACUGCCGAUGGGAAGCUGCUCAUUUCAGGCCUCCACCUUCACCCUUUUGACCUAAGAUCCAGCUCUGUAAUCUAAAAACUGGGUACACUUUCUCCCUCUGGCUUAGAACAAUAAAGUUCCUCACCUCCCUGGUC